AUGAGGUUUAUUCUCUUCCUUCUAGCAGGCGCCACCCACCUCGCUCUUUCCACCGCCAAACAAAACUGUCCCCUCUACGGCCCGCUCUUCCCCAAACCAACCAACCUGCUCCAGAAUGCAGCCAUCCAAGCGGCCGCAAAAUCCCUAGACGAGAUCUUCCUCAAGUACAUCGACCACGACAACACCACAGGCGCAGACCACUUCUCGUACGCAGUCGAGGUGUUUUCAGGGAGCGAAGACACACCGCUAUGGUCGCACUACUGGACCGCGCCGAAGCUGGAGGUGUUCAACUCGACGGGCGUCAGCAAAGUCGAUGCCAAUACGGUCUUUAGGGUAGGCAGUAUUACCAAGAUCUUUACGGUUUUGUCAUUUCUGGCGACGGUGGGUGAUCGAGUGUGGAAUGAUCCGGUUACAAUGUACCUACCAGUGCUGGCAAGGUUGGCGGAGAAGACGCCUGGUGGUUCGAUGACAGUGCCGGAUUGGGAGGAGGUGACAUUGGGAAGUUUGGCUAGUCAGACGACCCUCUUCCCUGACGACAAGACGAGACCGGGAGCUGAGCUAACUUUCGUGAUGUGCAAAGACGCCCUCCUGGGAGAAUUGGCAUAUGAAGUUCCCCUCGAACAUCUCUACAAAAUCGGGUUCCCGCCUCUCCCACUCGAAGAAUUUCCGCCAUGUGGUACCCUUCCUACCUGUAACAGGGACCAGCUAUUUGCUGGAUUGGAGAAGUUACCUCCUUCGUUCCCGACUUCGUCGACGCCAGCCUACUCGGACAUUAGCUUUGCCCUCCUUGGUUAUGUUGCCGAGCGCUUCACCGGAAAGUCUUUCAAGACUCUCGUGCAGGAUUCAGUGUUGACGCCAUUGAAUCUCACGCAUACGUUCACGUCGGCGCCGGAUGACUCGCUGGGAAUUAUUCCGGGAAAUCGACACUCGACGUCUUGGGCGUUUGACUUGGCGGAGGAAGCUGCGACAGGAAAUAUGUAUACCUCGGCGGGUGACAUGUCCUCGCUCGGCCGCGCAAUUAUGCGCUCCACACUGCUCAAACCUGCCGUAACCCGUCGGUGGCUGAAGCCAUCUGUGUUCACAUCGGACCCAAAGUCAGCUGUUGGCAUGCCAUGGGGUAUCCGGCAACUUGACAUAGACUCUAACCAAUCCUUCCAGAUAACCCACGCCUUCAACAAACUCGGCUCUCUAGGAGCCUACACCUCCCUCCUCGCCAUCAUCCCCGACCUCGACAUCGGCUUCUCCAUCCUCGCCGCCGGCGACCCACCUCCUGGCUUAGCAAUGGAUAUUGCCGACACUUUAACAACCACUUACCUCUCAACCAUGACGUACGUCGCUCGCACCGAGGCCGACCGGAUGUUCAGCGGCCAGUACCGUUCUACCCCUUCAAACUCCUCCAAGUCAACCCCACCCAAGUACACCAAUGGCACUAUAGUCGAAAGAAAAAAGUUGAAUUCCUCCCUCACAAUCUCCACCUCCCCCUCCACUCCUGGCCUCGUCCUCGAGAACUGGAUCUCCAACUCAACCGAUAUGUCCUUCUACGCCGUGGCCAUCGGGUCUAACAUCACGGACGAGUACCUCGACAAGAUCAAACCAUCCGUUCGUCUUUACCCAACGGGCUUCUCCGAGAUUCUACCAGAUGGAAAGGGUAAAAGAGUCGCUUUCAAGGCCGUCUUCGAAGACUUGAGUCUGCCCGAACGAAAACCGGGGCUGCAAAUAAGUACCGACUGUGCAACCUGGGUUGGCGUGACGGGGGUGGUUUAUGGCAGUCGGCCGUUGGAUUCAUUUAUUUUUGAAGUGGAUGGGGAAGGGAAGGUCAAGGGGGUAGAGAAUGGGGCGUUGAGGGUUUGGUUGGAUAAAGUUGGGUGAGAUGCCGGUGAGAUGAGGUGGCAUGACGGGAGAGGAGGAAGGAAGAAGCAAUGGAGGGAAGCGAAGGAGGGAAGAAGGUGGCAAGAAGGGGAUGUCUUAAGGAAUAUUUGCAACUGUGGAGAAAAGCAAUCGAGGAGGG